AAGAACUAGAGCAGAAGAGACUGAAAGCAUAUUGGGUGAGGCACUUCUGACUUCCACAAAGAAUGUGAUCUAUGCAGAGGUGGUAGAAUUCAAGCUGAUGAGUUGUGGAGGAUAUCCACAUACUCUGUAAGUGCUCAAGACUCACUGCUUGCCUCUCGCUUUUGUAGCACUGACAACAGAAUUAAAUGCUUGGCAGCUCUUCAGCUCCCAGAGUUCACUGCUGGCAUCCUGGCUUAACUUGUAAAAGGACAAUUGUUUUCCACUAAUAAAACAGACUAUGAGUUGUUUCAUCUGAUAGGCAGGCAGGCAGAGUACAAACAUCAGGUGGAAGUGAGACAGGCGCUUGGCAAUAACAUAUUAACUGUGAUACACAAAUAUACCAGAGCUCUUGAGUCCAAGCUUUGGUAUUUGUCCUUAUCAUUGUAGUCUGAUUUGUUUUCACGAUUACACUUUAAAAAGUGUCAGAAAAAGAGGUCUGAAACUGGUAUAAAAUGACUUUUAAGUAGCUUUGGAUUCUUUAGCAAUUGUUAGAACAGGAGAGAUGAGUGCCUUUAGUUUCUAAUCUAGGGACUGUCAGUGCUUUUGUGCAUAACCAAGUGUAAAUAACACAUUUGUUUGCCGAAUAUUAGGAGGUCUUUCAGUGCUUGCAGUAGGGAUUUGAAAUCCUUGAAAUUGAAGUAGGAGGUGGGCAACAAGAUUCUGGCUGGCUGGAUGAUGGGUGAGAAGACGCACCAGAAAACAACAGAAGAGUGAAUUGUAAAUCUUGAGUAGGCUUGUACCAUUAGUGUUUCUCCUAAGACUUGACUGGAGAGCCGCACCACUAUGCUUUGAAAGAGAGACAGUCAGGAGGAACAAAUGGCAGAAGCUAGAAAUGAGACCUCUGCUAAAAAUGUUAUUAAAACAGCCUUAGCAAGGGGAUGAAAAGAAAACAGUGGUGUUCUCUCUGUCAAAUGGUAUUUAGUCCUGGGGAAUUUCAUGACAUUUACUGGGAGAACAAGGUUCAGGCUACCCAGAAUGGCUAUUCCAGGUGGCUUCAUCUUCAAGCAGGCGGCUCUCAGGCUAGCUGGGAUGCCACAGCAGCUAAGGGUCUCUGUCUGUUGUCAAGUAUUACAGAAGCAUUUUCUGCAUUUUUUUUUUUGUUUGUUUGUUUGUUCAGCUUCACUGUCUGUGUGGAAUGAAUGUGUUUUGCCUUGGUAUUUUCUGUAGUGAUACUUGUUGAGUGGCCAGACAUACAGAAUGGUGUUCUGUCCUAUUAUAAAUGGUCAUUCUUAACCCCAGGGUUUCUAGCACCUCGCAGUUAUUCAAGCAUACCCCUAAAUAAUACAAUGCGCCUUCCAGAAGUUGUUCAGGUCAGGCUGAGUGUAGCAUACGGGUCUUUGAAGGAAGUGCAUGGUGGAGUCUUAUUAGCCAGAAAAGUCCUAUGGCUCGGAACAGCAUGGGAGGGGUUUUAUCUCCUGACCCGCUAAAUGCCAAGGGAGUCAACACAAUUUUCCUUAGCUCUGCUUUUAGUUACUGCAGCAGAAACUGCAAGUACAGGACUCUGCGCUAAAAUAUUUCUAUUCUCUUGCCUUCGUUUUAUGGCAUUUUUACAGCUCAUUUAUUAUGAACAGGAAAAUAUGUAUUAAAAAAAAAGUGAAAGGUGAUAAAGCACAGAUAUCUCUGACAUGCUCUAGAGUUAUUUCCCUGCUGCUGAAACCCAUGGUAAGCUAGUUCUCUAGUCUUGCUCUGUUGGCUGAAAAUAAUCCAUGGUAUGACAGUGAUGAUAAAACUUCCAAAUGUUUUGUUUAUGUUUAGGCCUGGAAUAUCUUUAUUUGGCUAAUGCUUUAUUCCUUAUCUUGCUUAAAUAUUGCAAGUCUAAAAAUCUUUCAUGGCUCACAGAAUGUGCAGUUGAUUCUUCCAUGUGUCUCCACUGCAAGUCAUGUGCUGACAAAAUGAAGUAUUAAAAUUGCAUCCUCACGGUGAAGACAUGUUCCACAAAUCAGCCUUUAUUAGUAGGACACAUUUAUAAUCAUGCAGAUGUAGCUGCAUAGAUUGCUUUGGCACUUUUAUCCUUUUUUACUUCAAUAUGGUCUUACAAGCUCUGGCAUGAAGACAGCUAUAAAGCAGCUGGAGAAUGGAAAAUAUCUGUUAAAAAUCAAAUAUGACAUGUUCAUCCUGGAAAGGAAUGCACUUUUUCGUUAUACAACUAUCGUUCUGUAUUUAACUGCGUUUACAAGAGUUGUCUUGUUACCUUCUUGAGAGUUCACAGGCUAUUUGACGCUGUCUCAGGCUAUAAAUUGUGGGCACUUGCCUACUGAAGUGUGAUUUAUGAUUUUUAUUUAAGAAAAACCCUUAUAUCCCAUGUUGCACUGGAAAGAGGCUUCUUUGUGCACCAAGCCUUUAAAUUGUGAGCAGCCACUUAACAGCUUUCACUCUUUUGGAUUGUGUUGCUCGAGGAUCUUGGUCAACUCCUGUCACCAUGAAGAGUCUCGCUCUUCUCUUUGUGGUAGUGAUCUGUGGCUUGGGAGGACUGGGAGAGAAGCUGAAGCCAAACAGAAGAAGCAGUGGUGAAGAAAUCAAUUUUCGGACUAAAACCAAAGAUGUUUGCACAAUGAGCAUGAGUGGGGAUGAGGAAAUGAAACUUAGAAUUGAAUGUCAAAGCCAAGGCAUGUCCUACUGGUGUGAAUUCACUGGCAAGCCGUCAGUCUGCCGUGCUUUCCUAAACAAUCCAAAGAUCUACUGGAAUCAGAUUGCCAUGGAACUUAGAAAGCUCCCGCAUGCUUGUGAAUCCACGCAAGUGUUGAAGAUCACCAUGUGCCAAAAGGCUCACCCAGAGGCUCUCAUGAAGCAAGUAGCUGCUGGCAUGGAGCUGGAAGAUCUAGUGAACCAGGACAAAUCAGUCCAGAAAACUUCCACUUCUAUGAGCGAAGCAGGAAUAAGCUCUGUUAAGAAAAUAGGGAAACCUCCAAUACUACCUCUUAUAAAAACAGCCCAACAUGGUCAAGGGUCUGAAGUUGAAACAGAAGCAAUGAAACUGGCACGGGAACAUUGCUGGGAAUCCCUGCAUGGUUUCUGCUCCUACAUUAUUGGCUUCUUCAGGGGUUAAGGAUUUGGUUCAGGUAAAACUCCCAUCCUGAAGCACAGCAAAAUAGAUGUAAGAGUAAUCCUGUUGUAGUUUUGGUUUAGUUUGAUCUUUGGGGUCUCAGGGGUGUGGGCUGAGAGGUUCUAGGCUCACUUACUAAAAUCUAACAUGGCAAAGCCUGUACCGUGGCUUCCAAGCAGCUGGACGGCAUAAACUCCCAGUGAUAGCUGCUGGUUUGGAACUCCCUGACAGCCUCCUGUGAAGUCUUUAAUACGUACAGAGGUGUUUGUCCUACCUGUUAUUAAUCCUAUGGUGUUUCAGUUCUAACUGAAUUGGGCUUGUUUUCCACCUCCUGUCAUUCCUUCCCUUUUGUGCUGACUUCUGGACUUAAGCCAGUGAAGUAAGAUAAGUAAGAAAUGCGUCAGAUCCAAUAACAAAUACAACAGCUAGAACAAUUUAAAAUUACAUUCAGAAAUUGAGAGGAUAAUGUUGGUUCAUUAAAACUACUAGUUAAUAAUUAACCAUUUUAACUUAAAAACUGAGUUCAUAAACAGUUGGCAGAAAUGCGUAAAACCAAAUGCACUGUCUUGGUUUGCGGGUUUGUAGGGGCGACAGGGGAUCGCAUGCAGGUGGUUGUCUGGGAAGUCUUAGGUUUUCAGCCAGGAUUUAAAAAUGCAAAGCCCUUGCAGAAGGAUUGGCUUUAUACCAACCUCUGUUUCGGCUUGGUGAGAAAGCCAGGAGCUGCUGACUAAACCUGGCAAACUUUUGACAGAAAUGGGAAUAUAUGCUCUGUAAGCCAGCAAGUGUUUAGGCAGCUAAUGAUCUUACCUGUGCUUAAUACAGCAAAGUCACUAAUUUUUUUUUUUCUUUUUUGUUUUGCAGAGCAAAAUUUUUAUAGCUGAAGAGGGUCCUCGCUGUAGUUUAAGAAUUUAGAUGUAAGAAUUUUGGUUUAAAAAUGAGUCAUCUCUAUAAAUCUUGCAGCUGUUUUCUUUUUGCACCCCUAAAAUGAAACUUUAACAGCCCUGAAAAAUGCAUGAAACUGGAGUGAUCAUACUUAAAAGUGUUAGGAUGAACUAACUGUUCCUAGGUCUGUUACACACCAGGGUGUAAGCAUUUAUGUAACCAAGGUUCCACUUUGAGUGCUGACCUUGAAAAAGUCUUUGUGUGCUGAUCUACUUCAAUUUAUUAGAGAUAAAAACUGUAAAUGAUGCUGCAGUUAGU